AUGAGUUUUACAAGAAACAAACUCCUACCUGUUCUCGUCUUGAUUCUGUCUAGUCUCUCCAUUCUCAGACUCGUUAGGAUUGCACUUACCACAUCUAAUACUUCUCCACUUCUAGCAAUUGCAUUGCCUCCAAAGCUUCAACGCCCAAAAUCAGGGUUCUCAGAGAAACAUAAUAGAACCUCAGCAAAUGAAGCUGCCAUUUCAGGGAAGGAAUUCAAGCUUCUUUCAAAUCUGAUUGCUGAAAAGACGCCCUGCAAUCUCCUUUUCUUUGGGAUUGAAUCACAGUACCUUAACCUCUCAGCAGUCAAUGACGGUGGAAACAAUGUUUUUCUUGAGGAUGAUCCCUACAAACUAAGCACAUUCAAAGUCAACUCAAAUCACACACGAAUGUACAAAGUUGAUUACAAGUUUCAAGCAGAAAAAGCUUACAAGUUGUUAAAGCAUGCAAGAGGAAACAAAUCAUGUGCACCAGACUCAGGGCUCAGGAAUUCGUCAAAGUGCAAACUUGCCUUGACUGAUCUUCCAAGAGAAGUUUAUGAAGUCAAAUGGGAUGUGGUGGUCGUGGAUGGACCAAGAGGAGAUAGUCCUCAGGCACCAGGAAGAAUGGCAACAAUUUACAGUGCCGCUAUCAUUGCAAGAGAAGGGAACACCACUGAUGUAGUUGUACAUGAUACAGAUCGUAUGAUUGAAAAGUGGUAUUCUUGGGAGUUCCUUUGUGAUGAAAAUUUGAUUUCCUCUAAAGGGAAACUCUGGAUUUUCAGGAUUAGAAAUGGGAAAAAUUCGACCAGCUUCUGUCCUGACAAAGUCAUUCAGCAAUGA